ACAGGGUCUGAGUAUCUCUUACUGUAUCCUGAGAUGAAGGUAAAAUUACUAACACUUUUCCUGUUUGUGUCAUGUACUGAAGCCAGAUCAAGCUCAGAACUGAGAGCUCUGAACCAGUCAAGCGGCAAUGUCCAAAAACAGAAUGUCCACGAGAGACCGGAGAGAUGUGGAAGCAUAUUAAAGGACAGUAAAGUUGAAGAAAAGCAUGAAGAAUUUUAUGAAACAAGUAAAGCACAGAGAGGAAAAGCAGUCACUGGGGGUUCAAAUGUCAAUCAUCGAGAUCCUCGCUCUCAAUGUUCUUCUCCAUUAGUGUCAUCCUGGACUUCAGCAUUAGUUCUUCAUGGAAGCCUUGGUUUAACCUUUCUCUUUUCCUUUCACUUCUUCUGAGGUGUUCUAGACAAGUUAAAUGCGAAAGCCUAUGUCUUCAUGAGCU